UGGUUAAUGUGCAAUCUGUCUGGGAGGGGAAGCUCUGUUUGCAAAUGAGUUCUCUAAUGUUUCAUCCUGUUCCUUUGCGCUCGUGUUGUAGCUCACAGGAACGAGCCUCUCUUAGAAACCCUGUCCUUUAAGCAAUGGUCUCGGUCUAACUUUGGAAAACCCUCUGGCAGCUACAGUUGGACAUCUGAGGAAGUUUCACAUAAGUUUCGGAAUGGCUGACUACAACUCUGAACCACAAGCGCCUGGCAAACUCAACCAAGUUCAGGAUCAAGUCAAUGAUGUUAAAGUCAUUCUCAAAGACAACAUCAACAAAGUCCUGGAGAGAGGAGAGCGGUUAGACGACCUGAUCGGCAAAACAGACGAUCUGCAGGCCACGGCUGACUCGUUUCAAAGGACGUCCACGCGUGUUGCCAGAAAGAUGUGGUGGAGAAACACCAAGAUGAUGAUUAUAAUUGGUGUGGUAGUGCUUGCCAUCAUCAUUUUAAUCAUCCUGUUGGCAACAAAAGUCAUUCCCACCUAAUACAACCCAUUUUAUUACAAUACAAGUACACUAAGCAUUAAUGACUUUUUUACUAUGAAAGAAACUGGAUGCAUUUAUGCAUAGGUAAUUUUUGACAUUUCCUGUAAAAUUCUAUAUAAAUCUGGGGCGAAUAUGUCAGGGGUGUAUGCAUAUGCAUUAUGUGGUUUUUACUUGUUUAGGCUGUUAUCCUAAUAUAAUGGGACUGAAAGCAACAGAAUUCAUUGUAAGUGAAAAAUGUUUCAGGAUGUCUUGCUUUGAGACUAACUGCUGUGCUUGACACAUUCACAUUCCAAAGACCUCAAAAACCAUUUCAAUCCUAAUUACAUUUCAUUACACACCUGCAUACCUUCAUUACGGCACUAAAGCGGUGAAUAUGACAGUGCCUCGUAGGAUUCCUGGAACAUUUCUCAUGCUUUAACUUCUGUGAAAUCACUCUGUGCUCGUGAAACUGAUUUUAUACCUUGACGAGGUCUAGUCUGGGCUGGGUUGAAUUUAGAGUUUUUCUUGGUAUCUUUACAUUCAAACCCUUACAGUGUAUCAGCCAGUAGCUGUCUUUGUCAAGAGGAUGUAUGGCCUGUAUAUUAUGUUCUAUGGGAAAUACUGAUUGAUUGGCAUCUACUUAUUGUGUAAACAACUGCAUGACAGAAGGAAGCCUUUAAAGGAACAGUUCACCCAAAAGUGAAUUACUUUCCUACUGGAAACAAUAUAAUGAGAGAAUCUAGACUAUCACACUCCAAAAUGAGCACCAUGUAAGUAUAGUCCUUAUUACUCAAAUCGAAAUGGUGUAGGAUUUACUCUAAACAAUUUACAAUCAGAAAUUUCUAUUAAAUUUCAUGAAUAAUUAACAUGUACAAACAAACAUUGAAUUUAACAUGUAAUUUUUAAGUAGAACGACCGAAAUGUAAUUUUAUUGUAAAACGCAAUCCAAUAAUGUUUAAUUUACAAAAUAUAAUGGUAACGCUUCACGUAAAGCCUUUAAGUAUAAUGCACUAUAAAUGUAUUGAUAAUGUGCAUUGCAAUGCAUUACAUCUUUUCAUAAACUAUUGCAACCAAAGAGAAAAUGCAUUAUUUGAAGGGUUUGUUGUGUUUUAAGCAUUGCACUUUCUGAAGGUGAGACAAUAAAUAGAGAAGUAUUAUAACUGUGGUUACAAUUAUUCAUGAGACCAUGCUUGUACCAUGCAUCCAAGUUGCAUUUCUAGGCAAAACUAAUGCAUUAAAACUACUUUUAUAGUGCAUUAUAAAUUGUGCUCGAACUCCAGUUUAUUUCCUUUAUAAUGUCUGGGAAAUCUAAUUAUGCUUUUUUUGUUAUUUUAAAGCUGCUUUACUGGCGUUAUAUUGAAAACCGCAGCAAUAUUUCACAUGAAGGAGAGUAAAAGAUGCCAGUCUUCAUUUUUGGGUGAGCUAUGACUUUAAUCUCUGCAGAAACAACAGGCGUAAAGGUUCAUACACUUUAUUUUGUUGUAUUUUCCAAUGGUUUACAUGACUGUCGCAAAAUACUGCCAUAUGAAAUGAAUAUUAAAUGGCCUACACUCUGUACGCACUUGUAAGCAAUAAAUUAAUAGACCUGUAUACAAAUAAUUUCUAAAUGAUUUGGGCUCUCUAUAGUUCAUUGCACUCAACGACACAGCAGGGAAUACGAUUAUAAACGUACACAAGCUACAACAAAUUACACACAAAAACAAAUAUUCUGGACGUUAUAGUUCGAAAUAACACUUGAAAUAUUCUUUAGCGUGUGUCCUUUAGAUUUUAAAUGAACUGGUGAAUUAAAUGGCGACCAAAGUGUAGUAACGUGUUGAUCAACUCCAUAUUUAACAAGUCUGGCCCUCUUGUUCUCUCCUCUCAGGGUUGACUUGCGUUUCGCUCGUCCGUCUGAAAAACAAAGAAGAAAAUAGCAAUUACGCUUCAGAAGGACACAAACUCAUAAAAUGUACAGGAAUCCCAAUUCUUUAAUAAUUUCAAUAAGGAGACAAGACAUGACUUUGAAAUCGAAUAAUAGCAAAUACAAUAGUGUUAAAUUAAAAACUUGUGGAAUCGUAACAUUUAAUGCGCAACCUUGAAUCGAUGGAAAUUGAAAGACAAAAAGGAAAGCAUAGCAAGCAUAACAAUAUGACCUUUCCAAGACUUCAAAAGGUUAAAAAAGAGAAUCCGUUAGAUGAAAUUAACACGGUGAAGCUUUUUCCACCGCUGUCAGUAGAAAAUCACACAAUACAAAUAUAAAAAAGCACUUCUCCAGCGCAGCGGCAUCCAAGUACAAACCGGCUUUUAGCUCAUGGACUACAGGAUAUUACAGCUACACGAGCUACAAGUAAAGAAAAGCAAGCAUUACAGGUAAGAUUAGAUUAGAAGUGCAUAUUAACACUGGAAAGUCCAGAGAAAGCCGUAUCCUUCAAAAAGUGAACAGUUAAUUUUAAUUCCGGCUCUCGUCUCAUAGUUUACCAUUACUUGAUGGUGCCUGGAAAAAAUGCCAUUACAUUAUAAUAUAUUAUUACAUAAGACCAAUCCCAAGACGUUUUAAGAGGAA